AAUACAUCCUUCAAUAUUUCUUACUGCAUAUAUAAAUCAGCAUCCUUCAGAAAUUGGUAAUGUAACAAAAGAUCCGCACGGGUAGCUCAGUUGGUCGAGUGGUGGGAGAUUUGGAACAACGGACCAAGGUUCGAAUCCCCGCAGCGACCGGGUGGAGGUCACAGAAUCUGAAAUAAGGCUGGGCCUCUGGUGCGCACGGGUGUAUGGGCCUACUGCCAUUCUGCUGACUGAGUCACCGUGACUAACCUCCCCACCAUCCUGUCGGGUCGGGGUGGGGGGGCUCGUGGGGUGGGAGAUUCCACCAUUUGGAACAACAAUGGUAAUGUAACAAAAGUCCUUGCCUGACAACUUAUAUAUAUAGGAUCUUCUUGGUUAUCUGUUCAUUCCAUAUAUAUAUUCAUUCCACAUAUAUAAUAUGGGCUGUGCGAGGUGGUUUCCCUUUGGUGCAUCUUCUGUUGGAUUUUUCUUCUUCAUUAUCACAUCUUCUCGGGCAGAAAAAGCUCCAUACAGUUCAUUUGCAAAAGAUGCUACAUCAGCGGCUGCGGAAGCCGGGUACUACGAUUACAUAGUUAUCGGAGGUGGAACCGCCGGCUGUGCACUGGCGGCGACGCUUUCCGCCGCCGCAAAGGUACUACUCCUCGAGAGAGGCGGGCUGCCGUACGACAACCCAAAUGUACAACACAUUAGUGGGUUCGGACCCACACUGGACGACAUUUCCUCAACCUCCGCCUCGCAAUUCUUCAUCUCCACCGACGGCGUGUAUCUCCACCGUGGGCGCGUUCUCGGCGGCGGCUCGGCCAUCAACGCGGGUUUCUUCACGCGAGCCAGCACAGAUGAGGUGGCAGAGGCGGGGUGGGACCCGCAGCUGGUAAACGAGUCGUACGCGUGGGCGGAGAGGAAAGUGGCUUUCCGGCCGCGGGUGAAGGGGUGGCAGGCGGCGGUGAAGGAAGGGCUGCUGGAGGCGGGGGUGGGGCCGGACAGGGGGUGGACGAAUGAGCACUUGCAGGGCACCAAAACGGGGAGCUCCAUCUUUGACGAAAAUGGGAUUCGGCAUUCCGCCGCCGAUUUGCUGGAGUACGCCGACGAAUCCCAAAUUACUGUCUAUUUGCAUGCCGUCGUUCAUCAAAUCUUUUUUAGGACGUCUUCCCCAGGGGGUACCACCAGAUCUUCAUGCACGAAGACGAUGCCGAGAAGACGAUGCCGAGAAGACGACCUUCAUGACCCCGGAGGGAAUUUUCUGCUACCUCGUCAUGGUCUUUGGGCUCAAAAAUUCAGGCGCCACAUACACUAGGAUGGUAGCCAAAGUCUUCAGAGCAGUCCUCGGCCGGACGAUGGAGGCAUAUGUCGACGACAUGAUCGUCAAGAGCAAGCAAUCUACCACUCAUGCUGAUGACCUCCGGGAAAUUUUUGAAAUCGUGAAGAAGUUCCAGCUCCGCCUGAACCCCAAGAAGUGCACCUUCGGCGUCCAAGGAGGGAAAAAACCAGUGGCAUAUGGAGUUACUUUCAGAGACUCGAAAGGCAAUGAGCACACAUCAUUCUUGAACGGUGGGCUCAAGAAUGAGAUCAUUCUCUCAGCAGGAGCGUUGGGCAGCCCACAACUCUUGAUGUUGAGUGGUAUUGGGCCGUCUAAUCAACUCAAAGCCCAAGGAAUAAACGUAAUACUGGACCAACCAAUGGUGGGUCAGGGCAUGUCUGACAACCCAAUGAAUGGAGUUUUGAUACCUACAGCUACCCCGGUGGAGACGUCACUGGUCCAAAUCGUUGGCAUAACUGAGUUUGGAAGCUAUAUCGAAACGGCGAGUGGAUUGUAUUUGGCCCCAAACGCGGCCUUAGCAAAUUCCCUAAGAGGCUCAUUCGGUGAUGACCUAUUCAAAGGCAUGAAGGUCGAAGCUGGUAUCAUAUUGGGAAAGGUGAAGGGCCCUUUCUCUAAAGGGCACUUAGAAUUGAAGAGCAAGGACCCAAAUGAGAAUCCCACGGUCACAUUCAACUACUUCAAAGACCCAAGGGACCUUGAGAGAUGUGUGAAUGGCAUGCAAGUAAUCAAGAAUCUGGUAGAGUCAAGGGCCUUAUCGUCAUUUCAGUACUCUUUCACCUCUUUUGAAUCUCUGGUAGACUUGGUAGCCACAAUUCCUUUUAACAUGAGGCCCAGACUAUUCAUGACCUCUCCAGCUUAUCACUCCAUGGAGCAAUAUUGUAUAGACACAGUGAUGACUCUAUGGCAUUAUCAUGGGGGCUGUGAAGUCAAUAAGGUUGUUGAUCGUGAUUAUAAAGUGAUGGGCGUCGAUGCGUUACGGGUUAUUGAUGGCUCCACUCUUUCUGUCUCCCCUGGAACUAACCCUCAAGCCACCCUCAUGAUGCUUGGAAGGUAUAUGGGACAGAAAGUUCUACAACAGAGAACUUCUCAAUGAGCUCAAUAGCUUCAACUUCAUAUUUCCAUAUGCAAAGUUAGCGAUGCGGAAUAGUUAUGCCACUUAUAAUUAAGUUUAUGAAAAACUAUUAUGUAGUUUCUAGCUAUUCAUAUUUGUAUACUCAUAUACAAAAUCAUGAAAUUGUUUCAAAAUAAUACAUUCAUGUUUUUUUUAGGAAAAAGGGUCAAAUAAACCCUUCAACUUUUUUGAAACCAUCACAUAAACCUUUGUACAAAAUUAAGCAUCAUAUAUAUAUAUACUUGCCCUCUAAAAAUGAUCAAUUAAAA